UUGGCAAAGGAGAGGGAGAGGAAGAGGAGGAGGAGGAUGGCAUGGGGCCUUGUCCCCCGGUCACCCCGAAGAACUGCCUUCCCCGGCGGGGCAUCAGUGUCCUGGAGAAGCUCAUCAAGACAUGUCCUGUGUGGCUGCAGCUGGGUCUGGGGCAGGCGGAGGCCGCCGGGAUCCUGCUCCAGGAGGCGGCUGGGUAUUGUACUUGGAAGGCUCGGUUCUUGUGUUUGAGGACAUCUUCAGACUGAUCGCAUUCUACUGUGUCAGUAGAGACUUGUUGCCUUUCACGCUGAGGCUGCCCCAGGCCAUCCUGGAAGCCAGCAGCUUCACAGACCUCGAGACCAUCUCCAACCUGGGCCUGGGCUUCUGGGACUCCUCGCUAAACCCCCGGCGAGGCGGUGGGAGCCCCGCGGAGCCCCCAAGAGACCCAGCCCCCGGAGCACCCUCAGCCUCCAGCCUCAGGUCCACGGCCCAUUACGACAACUGCUCGUGUGAAAUUGAGCUGUCCAUAGGAAAUGACCGCCUGUGGUUUGUGAAUCCGAUUUUCAUCGAGGACUGUGGGGGCAGUGCCCUGCCUGCCGACCAGCCACCCCCUGGAAGCUGCCCCUUGCGCCCGUUGCCUCCCACCUCCUUUGCUACCUCACCCACCUCCAAGUGGGCCCCUCGCCGCCCAGCACCCCCUCCCCCAGCAGCCCCGCUCCAACCCUCCAGCCCCCUCCGGCCUCCUCCACCUCCCACUCCUGUUCUGGCCUGUCCUUUGCCCAGUCCCCCCCCAGUGACUGCUCCCCCACCUCCAGAGGCCUUUACUCCCGCACCCCCAGCAUCCGCCCCCCAUCUGGCACCCCAUGCCCCAGGACCCCCCAACCACCCAAGCCAGCCACCCAUGGCAGCCUGCGAGAGGCUUUCACGCCCCCCUACAGGCUUGGGCCCGCUCAGGGAGGAAGAGAUGAAGCCAGGGGCAGGCCCCGGCCCCUCAAAGCAGACCCCUGCCCCUCCAGCACCCGUGAAGAAGACCCUUCCUGCCGCUCCUCCCAGACGCCGCAUCUCUGAGAAGGUCUCCCUGGAGGACCAGAGCACAGGGAAGGUGGACAGGGGGAUGCCUGCAGAGGGGGACCAGCUGGGUCUUCCAAGGUCACCCCCACUCGGCCCGCCUCCCCAGGGGACCUCAGACAGUCCUGGGGACAGGCCUCAGGGGACCACAGAGCAAGGUCAGGAAGCAGCGGCCAAAACCAGUGAUCCGGGCAGCAUGCCAGAGCCUCCGAGAAAGAUCCGACAACCCCCAAUCCCGCCCCCCAGGAGGAAACGGAUCUCCCGGCAGCUGGCCUCAGGCCUUCCCAGCCCCUUGGAGAGCACCGAGUCCUCCGAGAAGGAGGAAGCCCCCGAGAAGCCUGCACCGGGUCCCCCCAGAGAAAGCCAGAGCCCUGCCUCCCAAGCCAGGACUCCUGGCACCCGGCCCCAGAGCGUGGCCGAGUUCAAGGGCUCCCUGGCCUCCCUGUCAGACAGCUUGGGAGUGCCCGCCUCAGCCACAGACCAGGACUCCUACUCAACCAGCAGCACGGAGGAGGAGCUGGAGCCGUUCGGCGGUGGCUCCGGGGGGAAGAAGAAGCCGUCGGUGAUCCUGGGCAAGGCACGCCACCGCCUGAGCCUGGUGAGCUUCACCAAUGUCUUCCACGCGUUCCUGUCCAACAACCGCAAGCUCUACAAGAAGGUGGUGGAGCUGGCGCAGGACAAGACGUCGUACUUCGGCAGCCUGGUCCAGGACUACAAGGUGUACAGCCUGGAAAUGAUGGCGCGCCAGACCUCCAGCACCGAGAUGCUGCAGGAGAUCCGCACCAUGAUGACCCAGCUCAAGAGUUACCUGCUGCAGAGCACCGAGCUCAGGGCCCUAGUGGACCCCGCCCUGCACCCCGAGGAGGAGAUAGAAGCGAUUGUGGAGUCGGCCUUGUACAAGUGUGUGUUAAAGCCCUUGAAAGAAGCCAUCAACUCAUGCCUGCGUGAGAUCCACAGCAAGGAUGGCUCGCUGCAGCAGCUCAAGGAGAACCAGCUGGUGAUCCUGGCCACCACCACCACUGACCUGGGUGUGACAACCAGCGUGCCGGAGGUGCCCGUCAUGGAGAAGAUCCUGCAGAAGUUCACCAGCAUGCACAAGGCCUACUCGCCCGAGAAGAAGAUCUCCAUCCUACUUAAGACCUGUAAGCUCAUCUACGACUCCAUGGCCCUCGGCAACCCAGGGAAGCCCUACGGGGCAGACGACUUCUUGCCCGUGCUCAUGUACGUGCUGGCCCGCAGCAACCUCACGGAGAUGCUCCUCAACGUGGAGUACAUGAUGGAGCUCAUGGACCCCGCCCUGCAGCUGGGGGAGGGGUCCUACUACCUGACCACCACUUACGGGGCCCUGGAGCACAUCAAGAACUACGACAAGAUCACGGUGACCAGGCAGCUCAGCUUGGAGGUGCAAGACUCCAUCCACCGCUGGGAGCGCCGGCGCACGCUCAACAAGGCCCGAGCCUCGCGCUCCUCCGUGCAGGAUUUCAUCUGCGUGUCGUACCUGGAGCCCGAUCGACAGUCGCGGACGCUGGCGUCGCGGGCCGACACGCUGGCCGAGGCGCUGUGCGCGCAGUGCGCCGAGAAGUUCGAGGUGCUGCAGCCGCAGGACCACCGGCUCUUCGUGCUGGUGGACGGGCGCUGCUUCCAGCUGGCGGACGAGGCGCUGCCGCACCGCAUCAAGGGCUACCUGCUGCGGAGCGAGCCCAAGCGCGACUUCCACUUCGUGUACCGGCCCCUCGACGGCGGCGGCUGCGGCGGCGGCCCGCCCUGCCUCGUGGUGCGGGAGCCCAACUUCCUGUGAGGCCUGGCAUCCCCCGGCCCCUGGGGGGCAGCGUGUAAAGACUGGCUGGCCGGGAAGUGGGCGGACCAGGCUCUGGCUUGUCCCCCACCCCACCCCGCCAGCGCUCGCCUGAGGGUGGGGGGCGCCUCCAUCUGAACACACACUCCCAAGGGGGAUGGGAUGGCUGGGAUGCCCAGGUGUCACGCUUGCUUGCGGCAUACUGAGUGUGCCUAGACCAACACGGCUGAAGAAUGGAGAAGAGCCUGUGAAGCAUGAAGGCCGAGUGUUUCAUGAAGAAGAGACAGAGCACGGAGAGGCCAAGUUCUUCCUCAGACAGGGAAAUGAGGCUCAGAGAGGGGAGGGACUGUCCCACCAGCCGCAGCAAACAGAGCCGCGCCUGACCCUGUCCUUUCUGUUGCUCCCCCGUGCCCCCCACUCCGUGUUUCCCUGGGAGGGCAUACUUUCCCCAAGACUGUCCUUCGGAGGGGCAGCCUGGCCGCAGCUGCCCACCGUGCCCCCUGGGGUGGAGCUGGGCUGUUUUGGACCCUCCCAGCAUCUCAGGAGCAUCUCUCAGGGUGUGUGUUGAGACAAGCCUCCCGUCCAGACACUGGAGACUGUCCUCAGCUGCCAGUGCCCAUAGUCGCCCACCCUCCCUCCCUCCGCAGUUGCUGAGCCCCUCCCGCUCCAGGGCCACCCAGCGAAGCCAGCUUGGCACCUGCAGGGACAAGCCCAGCUUCAGCCACCAGGGAACACUGAUGGGGCCCUCUCUCGGUGGACACACCCCCUGGGGCUGCGGCGGUGGGGCAAGGGACGCUGUGUGGGGAGAAUUUAAUAAA